CCCUUUCCACGGCGCCCCAGGGACUUUCCCUGCGGUGGGGGCCUUCGACAGUCAGGGCCACCCGCUCAGUUCGACUGCGAAGGGCAGCUCCAAAGGGGACCCCAAAGGUGCCCACGCGGGGCUGGGGCCUGCUGGGCGUCGUUGGGAGCGGCCACUACCGGCCCGGGUCCGAGCUGUCAGCCUCUCCAAAGACUGCGCGAGAGGAGCUGGGACACGCCUAGCGCGGGCUCCAGCAGUUGCCGGUGUCCAGCUGCCUACUUUCUGCCCGGAUCUCUGGCUCCUCAUUUCUCCAGUCUCCUCAGACUAAAGCCCUCGGGAUAUGCAGCAGCCAUGCCUGUGGACACGCUGAGCCCUGGAGCCCCGUCUGCCCCCGCCCUACCUUGCCGCCUGCGGACCAAGGUCCCUGGCUACCUGCUACGGAGGCCGGCAGAUGGUGGAGUCCGGAAACCGAGUGCUGUGGAGCGCCUGGAGGCCGACAAGGCCAAGUACGUCAAGAGCCUGCAUGUGGCCAACACCCGCCAGGAACCUGUGCAGCCCCUGCUGUCCAAACAGCCACUCUUUAGCCCUGAGACUCGCCGCACAGUGCUCACGCCCAGCCGCCGAGCCCUGCCUGGCCCCUGCCGACGGCCCCAGCUGGACCUGGACAUCCUCAGCAGCCUCAUCAACUUGUGUGAUAGUCCCGUGUCCCCUGCCGAGGCCAGCCGUACCCCUGGACGGGCAGAGGGAGCCGGCCAUCCUCCCCCAGCCACCCCUCCACGACCGCCGCCCAGUACCUCUGCGGUCCGCCGAGUGGACGUCCGCCCCCUGCCUGCCUCGCCUGCCCGUCCCUGCCCAUCACCGGGCCCUGCCGCCGCCUCCAGCCCAGCCCGGCCGCCGGGUUUGCAACGCUCUAAGUCGGACGUGAGCGAGCGCUUUUCUAGGGCAGCCGCUGACCUUGAGCGCUUUUUUAACUUCUGCGGCCUGGACCCGGAGGAGGCAAGAGGGUUGGGUGUGGCCCACCUGGCACGGGCCAGCUCGGAUAUCGUGUCCCUGGCAGGGCCCAGUGCUGGGCCGGGCAGCUCUGAAGGGGGCUGCUCCCGCCGCAGCUCGGUUACUAUUGAGGAGCGGGCCCGGGAGCGCGUUCCCUAUGGCGUGUCGGUGGUGGAGCGCAAUGCCCGCGUGAUCAAGUGGCUGUAUGGGUUAAGGCAGGCACGGGAGAGCCCAGCAGCUGAAGGCUAGGCACCACUGGGCCUGGAAUUCGCCACAGGACAGAUCUUACAGAGGCAAGUGGUCCCUGGACCUCUCUUGCAUCCAUUCUCUGGAUGGCCAUGUCAGAGGCUCCACCCUGGUGUGAACUUGGUAUGGAGGCAAAGGCUUAGAGACUGGACCAGCAUUCUUGGGCAAGGACUGACUCUCCGAGGGUUUUGCUCUUGACUUUGGACACCUGAGAACCCCCUCCCGCCUCCCCCAAUACAAAGUUUUUGACAUGAGUGUACUCCUGCUUAGUUCCUCUUGUGGGGCUGCAUUUGGGAUGCUUUGCCCUCCCCACUGAGAGUGAGGGGCCAAGGGAUCUCCUCAAUCCUGUCUCCCAAGCGGCUCUGUUUCCUCCUUCCUUCCUUGGCCUCUGUCCUUUGCUGACUUCCUCUUCCUUACCCAGCAGAACUCACCCUGGGGUCAGGGCAGUGGGGAGGGGCCUAUCCACUGCUCUUCCUAGUCCUUGGCAGCUGGCCUAGGUGGGCAGACUAUAGGAGGGACUGGUUAGGAGUCUGCAUUGCUUUGACUUCCCUCUCCUUGGUCAAUAAACACAAAUGCUUGUUUCUCAAGG